AUGACAACCAGAUGGUUUUACUUAAUAGCGGGCAGCACUUCAGGAGAUCAGUGUCUGUCGGUGGAUAUCUCAAAUAUGAAAUCGUUGGACGACCUGAGGCGUGGCACUGCCAGCAUGUUCUCAGUGGCAGUCCCUGAGUCAAUAUCAUUCCACGGCGAAUCUGGCCUCCUAUCUAGCAUCAAUGAGAUUGAACAGACUAGAAGCAAGAUCAGGGUCUGCGUGGAUAACCAGGCUAUUCGCGAACCUGCUGGCCCGCGGGAGAUACCAUUUGUUGGGAAUUAUUUUGAGAUUCAUCCCGACCACCUUGGCAACCAUGAGCGUCUAUUUCAUCGGUAUGGAAAUGUCAUCAAGACAGUGGUCAUGGGGAGGACCGUCUACCUUACCAACGAUCCUCGGGUGUCGGAAGUAGUUUUUGGCGAGAACGAAUUCUUCACCAAGAAGACCUCUGAUCCCAAUCAUCCCCUCUUUUGGAUCAGUGAUGUUGCUGCCCUAUUCGCAGCCGACACUGCAGCAGAGAGCGUUAAACUAGCUCACAAGUUCGUACCACCUAGCAUGUCCCCCAAGGCUGUUCAACACUACAUGCCAGCUAUGCGACAGGAGAUACAAAGUUCUUUCAAGGUCUUUGACGCACUUGAUGAUCGCCACCAGCCUUGGAAUGCCUACCAAUACAUGCUCAAGCUGAGCUCUCAGGUAGUAAGCAAGAUGGUCUUGGGACUGGAUGUGGGUCAUUUCCACACGCCUGAUACACAGCUUCAUGAACUUGUUAGUGUGUUGGGGGAAUUUGUCGUUGCCGUGAGGCAAGCUUCUCUCAGCUUCCCGUGGCUCAAAUAUGCAGCCCUCCAAUCAACCUGCAUCGCAGACUACCUUAAACGGGCCGUCGAUGACGGGAACCAAAAACUACCGGACGAAUAUAUUCCGUCCAAUGCCCUGCUUGUCCUUGCGGCAGGUAUAUCCGCGACAUCUUCGAUGCUCUCCUACCUCCUCUACUUCCUGGCCAACUACCCAGAGACGCAAGCAAAAAUCCUCCAAGAACUGAUAAACAAUGAUGUAACACCCGAAAAAUGCUGGACUUAUGACACCAUCAUGUCUCUACCCUACCUUGAUGGUUUCGUGAAAGAGGGGCUCCGUCUUCAUGGCCCAGCAUUCCAGCCCGCGCGCAACGCGAAAACAGAUGUUAUUGUCCCCGGCGCCUACCGGAUCCCUGCGGGCGCCGUUGUCAACCCGCUCUUCUCCUCAAUACAUCGCAACAAGGAAUACUGGGAGAAUCCGAGUCUGUUCCACCCCGAGCGCUGGCUAUCAGCCAAUGUAAAGAAGCACCGGAUGGCGUAUUCGCCGUUCGCAGCAGGACCUCGUGGAUGUGUGGGCUUCAAUGUUGCUCAUAUCGAGCUGCGGAUGAUUCUGGCCAUGCUAGUGCUCAGAUAUGAGUUUAUCGACAUGUCGCCUGAUCCUGUGGUAUAUGACCAUGAGUAUUUGCUGGAACUGCUCGUGAACUGCUAUGUUAGGGCUAAGAGAAGGACUGCAUGGCCAGAGAAGGCCUUGUAG